AUGGCAAUUCUGGAAAGCGAAAAGCGUCCCCGAGGUCUCCGAGUCCCCUCAUUGUCUUCCAUUAAGUCAUUUGGAAAAAAGGGUUCCGAAGCGUCUCAGCAACAACAGCAGCAACAGCAACAGCCAAAGAUGGAUUCUUUACCAGAAGCCCUCCCUCCUCCUCCUCCGGAUAAGCAACUGCCUUCCGUGCCUACCUCCGUGUCUCCUCAAGCGGCGCCUGCGCCUGUAGCAGCGCCAACACCCAUGCGGCUGCCUGCAGCUUCAGCAACGGAUUUGAACUUUUCUCUCGACACCGUGCCCAUGUCUGACUUUGGGACUGAUCGGUAUCCCAUGCCGGGUCUGGGUGCCAACCGCAGCACUCCUAAUAUUAGCAACGUAAAUGGCAAUGGCAUCGGCCACAGCAACGGCAACGGCAACGGCAGUCUUGCAGUUCCACCACCCGUCCAGCGCACCCUGUCAAACGGAUCGCAGCGAACAGGAACGAGCGACGGAGAGCCUCUAGAGGAGUACAUCCCAGAACCCGAGCCCGAAACCGUCGAUCGGAUGUACGCAGAUAUCUCUCCGGGAUUGGAGCCGGUGCCUGACGUGGAAAACACGGAUAUUGAUGAUUUCUGGACACCCCCGGGUUACGAGCCCGUCGCGGCGCCAUUAACAAAAUUGCAUUUCGCCUGCUAUCAGGAACACAAGUCGAUGCCUCCCGCGGCGAAUGUCUGGCAUGCGUUGCCGUGUAUGACUUGUCAAAAGUUCGACCGGGAGGUCCGUCAUCGGUGUGUGUUUUGUUGUCUUCGGAUUUGCGAGGGUUGUUACCAAAAUCUGCAGAAGUGUUCGAGGAGAUCGUUGGAUGAAUUGUUGGGUAUGGUUCAGAGUUGA